AUUUUUUAAAGUUGAUAACCAAACCCAACAGAUGUUACUUUGCCAGUUGUACUGCUGCUUGCAUAACAGAUUAAAUUGAAAUACAUUUUUCCAGAUGGGCACUGCUGCAGAUUUAAAUAGUGAACAAAAUGUUAUCAUACACUGGAUGUCCAAUGCUUCCUGUUCCGGAGAUAUACUAAAUCCUAGUUUCCAUAUUUGGAAAACGAAUAGAGAUGGACAGUCAUCUGGAGCUGUAAACAUUAUAAAUCACCCAGUUAAAAUGCUGCAUGUUUCAAACAGCAGUUCUAUAAGUGAAGACUCCAUGCAUGAAGAACAAAUCUUGGAGUCUGGCUGCCCUUGUGGACUUCAGUUAAAUACAACUGAAACAACUUUUCCAGUUGCAGCAUUUCAUUUGGUCAAGAAAAAACCCACGUUAACACUUAAAGAUGCUCCUGCUCUGUGGAAAGCCCCUAAAACUGACUCUGUAUGUGAUGAGGGGGAUGAUCAGAAUGAAGCAGAUUACAGCGAUCCACUUCUACAAAAGCUUGAACAGCUAAAAGAAAUACAACAGCAGAAACAAGAACAGCUGAAGAAGCAACAGAUGGAACAACUUCAAAGGCUUAUGGAAGAGCAAAAGAAACUACUUAUCAUGGUAUCUGGCCAUCAAGGACUCCCUGGAGAAAGCACUUGGUGUCCAAAACAAAAGAUGGAAAAGUCUGUUGGAGGUGAAGACAGUGACGCUGAUCAUUUAUGUUCAAGAAAUGUAGAUUUGUCUGAAAGUCCCAAUGGAAGAAAAUGCUUACAAGCAGCUAACAUAGAGGAAAGGCCUAUUAAAGCUGGGAUUCAGGAGAGGAAACAGACGUUUGAAGAAUUCCUUGAAGAACAGAUACGAUUAGAAGACCAGCGCCUGAAGCAAAAAGAGGAGCAACAGGAAGUAGGAAGAUCAACCUUUCAGAAACUACUGACAAGACGGCCCUUUCUGAAACGGGGAGAAGGCUUAACUAGGUUCACUAAUGCCAAAUCUAAAGUAACUAAGUAUAAAGAAAGCAAACUGAUGACUCAGCAAAGUACUUUAGAGGACAGAAAUGUUGUUAAAGUGGACAGACCACAAAUACAGCGGAAAACUGCACCUUUAAGCAAGGAACAGGUUUCUGAGAAUUUUGCUGUACCCUCUAAAAAAUGUAACCGAGCAGCUAAAACAACAAAUGAUUCUGUCUUCCCUGUUCAGAAGGCCAUAGUACUCAAGAAUCAUAUUGGAAAAAAUAUAUCGCCACCAACAGCGAGACUGCAGACUGAGAAGAAUCUUGGACAGUUCAGAGAUUCUUUCAGAUCAGAAAUCAACAACAAAUUUGAAAAUAAAGAAAACAUAAUGGAGUUUGCCGGGCCAAUUGACAUCUUUUCAGAUACAGAAAAGCCUCAGCUGUCCACAGAAUUUACCGAAACUUUUUCUCUUUCCAAAUGUUCUACAAGUCACCCUGUAAAAGAUCCAGAACUGUCUUUUGAACUUUCAUUCCAAAAUAAGUUGGAAAACUGGGAAAAAGAAAAGGAAAAAGAGAACAUAGAAUUAGAUGAAUUUUUGUUUCUAGAACAGGCUGCUGAUGAAGUAUCUUUCUCGAGUAAUUCCUCAUUUGUACAAAUGUUCUUGGAUCGAGAUCAGCAAAUUUCAAAAGGCCGUAGAAUGUCUUCUACCCCUGUCAAAACAAUGCUGCAGCAGCAGAUGAAUGCACUAGAUAUUAUAAAUAACAAAAAUAAAAAAGCAGAAAUUAUCUUACAAGGAAAUAAAAACAGGGCAAUUACACAUACAGUCUUGGAUUUGAGGGCAUCUAUUAGACUAAGAGACCAAUUCAAUAAAACAGAUAGUAAAAUAUUUCAGACUUCUUCCACUACAGCAUCUCCAACUUUAAAAAGCACUGAAUGGAAUGUAAAUGAAGAUAAAGAUGAUGGAAGCAGUGUCAUUACUACAAAGUCUGAGGAGGAACAUGAGACCACCUUAAAAUGUGCAAAUGAAGAUGCUAAAAAGUUCAUUUUGAGCAUCAGAGAAGAUAAUCCAGCAUUCUGUGAUUGCACAGGACCUGUCAAAGACCUCAGCAAAGAAAGCAAAAGUAGGGAUGUUGAUCUUGACUUAUCGGACAAAGAUUAUAGUAGUGAUGAAUCCAGUUUGCUACCAAAUCAGAGUAAUAGCAAAGUGUCUGAAUCUCAAAGAAGUGUUUCAUGUACAAAUAGGAAUAAGGUUGAAUUUGAUGAUGAAAGAACAUGGACUGACCUUCAAGAAAAUGAGAUUCAACAUGAAGCACCCCAAAAUGAUACCAUUAAAGUACCUCCACAAACUGACUAUUACAAUAAAAGUGAAAUGGCUGCCCCAGAUAAAACAAUAAAGAGGAAGGUUGCUUCAAUAAAGAAGGGAGAUGAUUUGCCCAAACAGAGUGUGACAGAUGGUGAUGCAAGUACACCUCCCACAUCAGACCUCAUGAUGAAACUCUUUCCUUCACUGAAACCUAAACAGAAGCCAGACUGUCAUGCAAGGCAUGAAACCAAAUCAAAUGUGGGACAAGAAGAACCAGGAGGAGACAUUGUUCGAUCCCGGGUACUCAGAGAGAAGCUUGUUGAAUUGGAAACAGAAAUUGAAAGAUUCAGAGCUGAAAAUGCAUCUCUAACAAAACUCCGUGAAGAACGAGAGAACUCCUUAGAAAAUCUCAGGAGAGAAAUAGCAGACUUUGAACAGCAGAAAAAAAAAGAAUUGGCUCGGAUAGAAGAAGUUAAAAAAGAAGAAACGAGAAAACUCCAAAAAGACCGUAAAGUUUUUGAAAAAUAUUCCACAGCAGCUAGAGCGAUGCCAGAUAAAAAGGAGCGUGAUGAAAUUCAGGCUUUAAAACAGCAGCUUGCAGACUUGCAGGAAGACUUAAAGCGAAGAGAAGCAAAAUGGUCAACUACUCACGGUCGCCUUAGAAACCAGAUAGAAACCUUAACAAAGGAGAACACAGAGUUAAGGGAAGAGAUCAAAAUCAUGGAAAGAUUUCGUCUAGAAGUUUGGAAGAAAGCAGAAGCUGCUGAAAGCAACAGGAAAGCUGAAAGUUCUGGAAUGAAUUUGAAGAGAGCAGAGUCUGUAAGUCCACCAACUAGAUUUCAAAAAAGCCAGUUCCUGUCUCCAGUUCCUCAAAUAGAAAAGAGUAGCAAGAUGAAUGGGAAAGGUUAUUCACCAGUAAAAGAAAAGCCUUCUAGAAGACCUAAAUCAGCACCUGUUAGUGAUGGGAGUAACUUUGACAAGACAGUGAUGCCACUAGAAGAUUCCUCUAGGACUUUUAUGAUAAAAAAACUGGAUGUUUAUCUCCUACCUGAAGAAAGAACAGUGUAUUUUGUAAGAAUGCAGGUAGUUGAGACAUACAUCUUUAUCAAUUACUGUAUGUAGCAUUUGCUAGAAGUAUAUGAAACUUGAAUAAUGAUUCUGUGCCUUGGAAUCUGUUACUGAUCUUUUAAGAUAAGAACCAGAUUGGAAUUUUUUGGUAAAAUGGAGCUCAUUAUAAUCUAGGCAAAAGCUGAUUGCCAAAACCUAACAGAUCUUAUGUGUGGAUUUGUCAUUAUCCAAUAAGCUAUAUCAAACCUUUUCUCUAGGUGCUUUGGGUUGAUGAUUCUCUUGGUCCCUCCUUGCUUUCAUGAGCUGCCUUCUCAACUCCAGAAAAAUCCCUCAAGUUUGGCUGCUUAAAAAAAAGAUACCAGAUGUGAUAGAAAAGUUAGGUUAUCUUUAUGUUCCAGAAAAAUCCCACAAAAAUGGAGCCUGAUUUAAUGCUGUCACAUUCUGGGUUGCAAUCCAGACCAGUGAGGGGCUGUAUCGCCACCUGCCUUGCAACUUGAGGUGUCUCACAAUGUUUUGGUGCUGUAAGCUCCCAACCUGAGCCCUAACAAACAGCAUGCAGGUCACACCCUAAGUGGCUAUGUAUAGCUGCAGCCUGCCAGCGCAGUCCAGUCACACACUAGCUUCCACGAGCCUUGGUUACCACUUGCAUGGUGAUCCCAACACACUUCCAGUCCCAGAUUUCCCCCAAAAAUAUUUUCUGCCCUGUCCAGCUUUCUCCUGGACAGUUCAGAUAUUUUAGGUUUGUUGCCCCUCUAAGGGGAUCCAGAUCCAACAAUUUGUUACUUUUAAAUGGAGUUACCCACACAAUUCAGUUUAAAGACAACACUGGAGUAGUUUUGAUCAAAGAAUAAAACA